AUGAAACAUCUACUGAACGAUCGCGAUUGGACAAUGAGUCAUGUAGAAGAUUUAUUACGGUGGCCGCUAAUACCAAGAACAGAUGAUGGUUGGCUAUUGAACAAUAAACAUCGACUGCGAUUACAUGAGCCAGCUUACGCCCAUGUUGUCGGCAUCACAUUGAACAAUGAUACCGGAGAUAUUGAAUUCAUGUUUAGAAAAGCAAAGAAAACUGAACAUAAUCUGUUUGAUGUUACUGAUGUGACGGAUGUAUUAAGAAAUGGCUUAACGUUCGCCUCAUUCACUUUGGAUCCACCAAGUAUUGAUUAUCACUCGCAUCCAUUUAAUGAAAUGAGAUACCAACCAAAGCGUCUUUCAGGGGUGCCUAAUUAUCUUCUUACUUUAUUACAUGCUGACUAUCUGUUGAAAAUGAUAUCGACUGGUGUUGAAAUUUGUUCAUUACAGCCGUUUGAAAUGCGUUCAUCAGAGAUCAAUAUCAUGCAGCGUUUACCAUCAUACAUACAUGAUGAAUUGAAAGCGAUCGCUGUCAAAAAGACUGGACUAAUUACAGAUAGUAUACAUCGAUUCUGGAUACAACCAGCGUCGGUUCUUGAAUAUGAACAGACGUAUUAUCGAAACUUUUUCGGUCGAAAAAAUGAAAAUAUCACACAGUUCUAUUUAAAUGAUGAUUUCAAAAUGUGUGUCAAGCAACAUCGAAUGAAGUUUGAUGAGAAAGGGAAUCUGAUUGAUGAUGAAAACAAUAAUGUCAAUGAUGAUACAGCUGAAGCAGCCUUUGCACGUGUAUUUACUAAAUACUAUGACGAGAUUGGUGAAUAUUUUCCAGAAUUAUUGCGUUUAAAAGAACUUUUCAAAUUAAGUUUCCUAUCCCGUAUUAUUCAAUCGCGAUACGAAAAUGCAAGCAUACGCAAUCGAUCAAUCACUGUUCCAUUUGCGAAUAAAUUGAAAGACAUGGGAAUAGAAACUAUUGCAUAUUUUACAGCUACUGACUAUGGACCGCUUCGAUGUGAACGUGAUACAAUAGAUAAAAUGGACUUCGAAAAGAUAAAAAAUGAAGAAGAAUAUAAAAGCCAGCUGAGAUCUCUAAAUGGUCAUGAAGCCAAUUUUCGUGGUGGAAGUUAUGCGCUCGUUACACAUAGGAAUAAUGUCACUCUUUAUCGGUUUUAUGGAGGAGAAGCAAAGGAAUCUGGUCGAUAUUGGUUUCUGGAAGAACAAGAGGCAAGCUGGAGGAUCAGAUUCGAUUAUGCGUUACUACAUGAAUUCAAUUCAAUAGAGCAUACUACCCGAAUCGGAAUUCCCGCAGGAUUAUACUUUUUUGUUGGUAUAGUGGCACCUUGUGGGAACGCUUCUGGUGGUGCUUUGCAGGCAUUUAUUCCAGGCAAUAUCGUCAAUACUUUGAUCGAGUAUCACAAAGCAAGUAGUUCGGUGGCUAAACAGAAGCUAUAUGAAAAAUGCUUAAAAGCGCAAGAAAAAUAUUUUACUGAAUACAAAAAGAGAUAUCAUGAAAGUGUUUGGUAUCAUACUGAAUUGAAUUGA